GGACCCCAAAUUAUAACAUUACAAAGUAAACAAUGUGUCUUUUUAGCCUUUUAAAAUGAAAUUCUAACGCUGAAUGACACAAAUGACAAAAAAAAAAAAAAAAAUUUAAUAGUGUGACGAAUGAUCAUUGUCUUUAGGCUACCCCGAAACCGGAAGUACGAUUUGGCUAGUUCGACGCGAGCUUGUCGAAGUCCAUUCCAAGCAAAGUUCACAGGCAGCGGCUUCAAAAAAGUUCCGGGCGGACCCCAAAUUAUAACAUUUCAAAGUAAACAAAGUGUCUUCGUGUCGGCCUCGCUGUAAAGGAGGAGGAAGAAAGAGGAGUGUCCCACUUGUUGGCCGAGGAACUCUUCAGUCGUCGUUCUUGUUGCUCCUGACAUGUUUGUCGGCGGCGCGGCCAGAAGUGGCAGAAGUUAGCGGAGCCUUUCGUGAACGAACGGGACGACGCCAUGACUCCCUGCCGGAGAAAGAGCCGGCUGACUUUCAAGGGGCUCCUGGCAGCCGCCGCCGCCUUGGCGCUCUUCUUCUACUUCGGGGACUUUUCUCCGGGCGCCGACGUCGCCCUGCAGCGGAAGGCCCACUCAGGCGGGGGCGGGGAGGAGGAGCUGAGGAGGCCGGUGUACGAGAAGCCCCCCCCGGACCCCGACGCCCCCGGGGAGUUGGGCGCUGCUGUCCGCCUGCAGCUGGACGAGGAGGAGCGGAGGAAGGAGGAGAAGAGCGUGGCCAAGCAUCAGAUCAACAUUUAUGUCAGCGACAAGAUCUCCCUGCAUCGCCGCCUGCCAGAGAGGAGGAACCCGCUCUGCCUGGACUUGCACUACGACUACACCUCCCUGCCCACCACCUCCGUGGUCAUUGCCUUCUACAACGAGGCCUGGUCCACGCUGCUCAGGACCGUCCACAGCGUCCUGGAGACGUCUCCGGACAUCCUGCUGAAGGAGCUGGUGCUGGUGGACGACUACAGCGACAGAGCCCACCUGAAAGCACCACUGGAGAGGUACCUGUCGGGCCUGAGGAAGGUGCGCCUGGUGCGUGCCACCAAGAGGCAGGGCCUGGUGCGCGCCCGCCUGCUGGGAGCCUCCAUCGCCACGGGCGACGUGCUGACCUUCCUGGACUGCCACUGCGAGUGUCACCAGGGCUGGCUGGAGCCCCUCCUCCAAAGGAUCAAAGAGAAGCCGUCGGCCGUGGUGUGUCCCAUCAUCGACUCCAUCGACUGGAACACCUUCGAGUACUUGGGCCACGCGGGCGAGCCCAACAUCGGGGGCUUUGACUGGCGGCUGGUCUUCACCUGGCACAGCAUCCCCCCGUCAGAGAAGGCACGCCGCCUUUCGCCUACUGAUGUCAUCAGGUCUCCGACGAUGGCUGGUGGUUUGCUCUCCAUCGACAAGAAGUAUUUCCACUACCUGGGGACGUACGACACUGGAAUGGAGGUGUGGGGAGGAGAGAACCUGGAGAUGUCCUUCAGGAUCUGGCAGUGCGGCGGCAGCCUGGAGAUCCACCCGUGCUCCCACGUGGGCCACGUCUUCCCCAAGAAGGCGCCGUACCCGCGCACCCAAGCCCUGGCCAACAGCGUGCGGGCCGCCGAAGUGUGGAUGGACGAGCAGAAAAGGAUCUACUACAACCGCAACCCCCACGCCAAAGUGGAACCUUUCGGCGACGUGUCGGAGCGACUGCUCCUCCGAGAGAAGCUGGGCUGUAAGAAGUUCAGGUGGUACCUGGACAACAUCUACCCGCAGCUCCACGUGCCGGAGGACCGGCCGGGCUUCUUCGGAAUGCUGAAGAACCGGGGCCUGCAGAACUAUUGCUUGGACUACCCUCUGGAUGACAGCCACAUGUAUGGCAAAAGGGUCACCAUGUACCCGUGCCACGGCAUGGGCCAGAACCAGUUCUUCGAGUUCACCAGCCUAGGCGAGCUCCAAUUCAGCGCCCGUGCGCCCGUCGGCUGCGUGGAGGGAGACGUGGUCAGCACCUACCUUACGGUCCAAGAGUGCAGGAAGCCCGGCGUGGUCCAGCACCAGUUCCAGCUUAGAGAGGACGGCAGCUUGUUCCACGAGGUCAGCCAGAAGUGCGUGCAAGUGGUGGACAAGAUCCCGGCCCUGCGGCCCUGCUCCGACACCGAGGACCAGAAGUGGUUCUUCCAGGAGCGAGCGUAACAGGACUCUGCCUGCUUUUAUUCUUGCUCACUACCUUGCAGCCUCAGGGAUUUUAUAGAUCCUGGAGAAAGAUGCCAGAUGAAGAACAGCCUCCUCCUUCAUUGCGCCUCCAUCUGGACAAACACGCCAUGCUUGGCCUGCAGAGGGCGCUGCUGCUCCUCCACGGACCCUGCAUUGGUCCUUCAGGUGGGGAUUCUGAAAGCUUUUUCUUUUACAAGUUCCAACUACUCCACUAAUAUUAAUAUUUAGUGAUGGGUGAAACGACGCCAUAUGAAAAAAGAACAUGUGUGAAAUUGACUCUGAGGCGCAAAACUUUUUUUUCCUUGUAUUCUUAAUUAAUUUUAUUUACAAAAAUCACGCAGAAUUUUAAUCACUCUAACAACUAAGUUUUUAUUUUUGUAUUAAAUGUUAUUUUAUUCACAAAAAUCACACAGAAUAUUAAUCACUCUUUUUAAUUGAAUGUUACUUCAUUUCCGAAAAUAACACAAAAUAUAAAUCAUACUAAUAACUAAAUUUAAUUUUUUUUAAAUUAUUAUUAAAUGUUACUUUGUUAACAAAAAUUACAUAGAAUAUCAAUCACCCUAAUAACUGAUUUUUUUUUUUUUGUGUGUGUGUGUAUUAAUGACAAAAAUCACAGAAUAUUAAUCACCCUAAUAAUAACAUUUUUUUGGUUUAUUUAAUUGUAUUUUUUUUUUACAAAAAUCACAUAAUAUUAAUUACUCUAAUAACUACAUUUGGGUUUUUAUUUUUUAUAAAAAUUAUUUAUUUUUUCUUGUUAAUUUAACUGUAUCUUAUUGACAAAAAUCACAGAAUAUUAAUCACCCUAAUAAAAAUUUUUGGGUUUAUUUAAUUGUAUUUUAUUUUCAAAAGCACAUAAUAUUAAUUACUCUACAAACUACAUUUGUGUUUUUCUUUUUUAUUACAUUUCUUUUGCUUUUUUUCUUGUUUAUUUAAUUUUAUUUUAUUUACAAAAACACAUUAAUUAUUUUAAUAACUACAUUUGUGUUUUUCAUUAAUAAUUUUGGGGGGCUUUUUUCCUGUUUAUUUAAUUGUAUUCUUUUUAACAAAAAUCACAUAAUAUUAAUUAGUCUAAUAGCUACAUUUGUGUUUUUAUUUUUUGUAAAAAUGUUUUAUUUUUUCUUGUUAAUUUAACUGUAUCUUAUUGACAAAAAUCACAGAAUAUUAAUCACCCUAAUAAUUACAUUUUUUGGGUUUAUUUAAUUGUUUUUUAUUUUCAAAAGCACAUAAUGUUAAUUACUCUAAAAACUACAUUUGUGUUUUUCUUUUUUAUUACAUUUGUUUUGCUUUUUUUCUUGUUUAUUUCAUUUUAUUUUAUUUACAAAAACACAUUAAUUACUUUAAUAACUACAUUUGUGAUUUUCUUUAAUAUAUUUUUUGGGCUUUUGUCCUGUUUAUUUAAUUGUAUUUUUUUUUUAACAAAAAUCACAUAAUAUUAAUUAGUCUAAUAACUACAUUUGUGUUUUUAUUUUUUGUAAAAAAAAUUUAUUUUUUCUUGUUGAUUUAACUGUAUUUUAUUGACAAAAAUCACAUCAUAUUAAUUACUCACACAUUUACAUUUGUGUUUUUCUUUUUUAUGACAUUUUAUUUUAUUCAAAAAAAUCACACAAAAGAUAAACAUUGUGAUAACAACAUUUUUGGUAUGUUUCUUUAUUAAAUUGUAUUUUAUUUAGAAAAAAAACCCCACAUGAUAUGAUUAUAAUAAACACGGUUUUGUUUUUAUUUUCUUAUUAGUUUUGUUUUGUUUACAAAGAUAACAGAAUAUUAAUCACUAAUAAUUUAGCUUCUGUUUGUUUUUUUGUCUUUUUCAAAUACAUUUGAUUAUAUUUAGAAAAAUCACACAAUAUUAAUCACUUGAAUAACUAAGUUUGUGUUUUUUUGUUUUGUUCACAAAAAUCACAUAUAAUAUUAAUCACUCUAAUAAUUAAGUUUUUGUUUGUUUUUUAUUCCAUCUUAUUUUACUCAGAAAAAUUACACAAUAUUAAUCGCGGAAAUAACAAAGUUUUUGUUUGUUUUUUAUCUUUUUUAAAUUCUACUUACAAAAUCACUCUAAUGUCUAAGUUUUUGUUGUUUAUACACAUUUUUAAAUCAAAAUCAAGCAGAAAUAUAAUCAAGUAAUUAAGUGUUUUUUUCCCCAUUUUUUUUUAUUUUCAUUUAAAAAAAUAACACACAAAAAAUUUGUUUCAUAUUCCUUUAAAAAAAAACCACACACAAUUAUAAUUGUAUGUCGAUUGUAGUGACAUAUUAAUCCAGCAGAUAGCGCCAUAAUGAAACAAUGCAGGGUCGGUGCAGUGUCAAUACAGUUAGUGAGCGUGUCACACGCUCACUGAGGCGUCAUUUCCCCAUCACGAGCGGUGCCUUUUAAAAGGUCCGACCACAGAAUUGCAUGGAAACCAAAGCAAAAUAUGAAAGAAACCCAUUUUUUAAAGAAUGAUUUGAGUUUUCGCAUAAAAUAUCAUGAAGGAAAUGUAUAAACGAACACUUGCUGGCGAGGAAGGGGCGGCCUUUGUACUUAGCUACCUGUUCUUUCUUGAAUUUUAGUUUUGUGCUGGCACUCACAACUUUCUUUGGCCCCACUGUGAAUUAUGUUGCAGGGGUAAAAAAAAAAAAAAAAGAGAAGGUACUACUGUAGUUAAGGUGGCAUUAACUAUUUAAAGGCCUACUGAAAGCCACUACUAGCGACCACGCAGUCUGAUAGUUUAUACAUCAAUGAUGAAAUAUUAACAUUGCAACACAUGCCAAUACGGCCGCUUUAUUUUACUAAAUUACAAUUUUAAAUUUCCCGCGGAGUUUCCUGUUGAAAACGUCACGGAAUAAUGACGCGUUUUUGUGACGUUAUUGGUUGGAGCGGACAUUUUAUCCCAGCACCACUCACGGCUAAAAGUAGUCCGAUUUAAUCGCAUAAUUACACAGUAUUUUGGACAUCUGUGUUGCUGAAACUUUUGCAAUUUGUUCAACUAAUAAUGGAGACGUCAAAGAAGAAUGCUGUUGGUGGAAAGCGGUGGAUUGCAGCUGCCUUUAGCAACCAAAACACAGCCGGUGUUUCUUUGUUUGUUGUGAAGCUUUAAUAUGGAACAGAGAGGUCAAGCGAACAUGUUUCUCUACCACAUCAAUCAAUCAAUCAAUCAAUCAAUGUUUAUUUAUAUAGCCCCAAAUCACAAAUGUCUCAAAGGACUGCACAAAUCAUUACGACUACAACAUCCUCGGAAGAACCCACAAAAGGGCAAGGAAAACUCACACCCAGUGGGCAGAGAGAAUUCACAUCCAGUGGGACGCCAGUGACAAUGCUGACUAUGAGAAACCUUGGAGAGGACCUCAGAUGUGGGCAACCCCCCCUCUCUAGGGAACCGAAAGCAAUCGAUGUCGAGCGGGUCUAACAUGAUACUGUGAAAGUUCAAUCCAUAGUGGCUCCAACACAGCCGCGAGAGUUCAGUUCAAGCAGAUCCAAGACAGCAGCGAGAGUCCCGUCCACAGGAAACCAUCUCAAGCGGAUCAGCAGCGUAGAGACGUCCCCAACCGAUACAGGCGAGCGGUCCAUCCUGGGUCCCGACGAGCGGUCCAUCCUGGGUCUCGACUCUGGACAGCCAGUACUUCAUCCAUGGUCAUCGGACCGGACCCCCUCCACAAGGGAGGGGGGGACAUAGGAGAAAGAAAAGAAGCGGCAGAUCAACUGGUCUAAAAAGGAGGUCUAUUUAAAGGCUAGAGUAUACAGAUGAGUUUUAAGGUGAGACUUAAAUGCUUCUACUGAGGUAGCAUCUCGAACUGUUACCGGGAGGGCAUUCCAGAGUACUGGAGCCCGAACGGAAAACGCUCUAUAGCCCGCAGACUUUUUUUGGGCUCUAGGAAUCACUAAUAAGCCGGAGUCUUUUGAACGCAGAUUUCUUGCCGGGACAUAUGGUACAAUACAAUCGGCAAGAUAGGAUGGAGCUAGACCGUGUAGUAUUUUAUACGUAAGUAGUAAAACCUUAAAGUCACAUCUUAAGUGCACAGGAAGCCAGUGCAGGUGAGCCAGUACAGGCGUAAUGUGAUCAAACUUUCUUGUUCUUGUCAAAAGUCUAGCAGUCUAGGGUGUCAAACUCUGGCCCGCGGGCCAAAUUUGGCCCGCCGUGUAAUUUCACCUGGCCCUUGAGGCAAUAUCACAUUAACAUUAGAGUUGGCCCGCUGCUGUAACACCGCAUUCACCGCUAAUACUCUUACUUGCCAACCCUCCCGAUUUUCCCGGGAGACUCCCGAAGUUCAGUGCCCCUCCCGACUUUUAUCCGGGACAACAAUAUUUGGGGUGGGCUUUAAAGGCACUGCCUUUGGCGUUCUCUACAACCUGUCUCCACGUCCGCUUUUCCUCCAUACAAACAGCGUGCCAGUCUGAGUCACAUAAUAUAUGCGGCUUAUACACACAGACAAGUGAAUGCAAGGCAUACUUGGUCAACAGCCAUACAGGUCACACUGAGAGUGGCCGUAUAAACAACUUUAGCACUGUUACAAAUAUGCGCCACACUGUGAACCCACACCAAACAAGAAUGACACAUUUCGGGAGAACAUCCGCACUGUAACACAACAGAAAAAAUACCCAGAACGCCUUGCAGCACUAACUCUUCCGGGACGCUACAAUAUACACCCCCCGCUAUCACCAAACCCCGUCCACCUCAACCCCACCGCCGAAAAGAGGCAUUCCAUUUUUAUUUAAAUUUUAUUUGAUAUGCCAUUGAUAUUUUUUUAUUAUUAUUAUUAUUAUUUGAAACCCGAUUUUGCAUGUCACUAUAAAGUUAUAUAAGCCUUGCUUGUUCAAUAUUCAAUGCAAAACUUGUUUGGGUCCCUAUUAAAAGGUUCAUUUGUUCAACCUCGGCCCGCGGCUUUGUUCGGUUUUAAAUUUUGGCCCACUCUGUAUUUGAGUUUGACACUCCUGCUCUACCACAUCUCAACCGGCAGGUUUCGGUGAGAAAAUUGUGGUAAUAAGUCGGCUCUUACCGGAGACAUCAGCGGAGCUCGCGUUGUUCUUCCUGCUGCUGUCAAAUAGGCAGCUGCGACUUUCUUGGCUCUUCCAUCAGAGACACUGGCGGUCACCAAACCCCUCCGACUUUCAGGUAUGACUUUAUAAUCUCACUAAAACACUAGUAACACAAUAAUCAGAUAAGGGAUUUUCCAAAAUUAUCCUAGUAUAUGUGUCUAAUAACAUCUGAAUCGCUCUGUAACGGACUUCCUGCCGUCCCCGUGUGGGUUGCGGGGACACCUGACACAUGCGUGCGCUGCGGGGGUAGGUCCUCGCUCUUGUCGGCUGGGUUGUCGCGCUUCUGGUCUGCUGCCUGGUGUUUCUUCCUCCGUGCUCCCCUGGUCGUUCCUCCCUCGCCCUUUUUAUAUUCGAGCAGCAGAUAGACAGAUUGCGAGCAGCUGUGUGAUCGACGCACCUGGCUGAGAUUGCUGCUGUGGUGUCGCUCCGCGUGUGUCACGCCUCUCUUCGCCGCCGCAUGCCCCGCCUCCCGGCCUCCAGGUGGGCCCGCGCUGCUGUUGUCGGCCCGUCGGCGGUGUCUCUCCACACGCUCCCACUGCCGUCGCCUUUUUUUUUCUUUCACUCUAACUUUCCUCAUCCACGAAUCUUUCAUCCUCGCUCAAAUUAAUGGGGAAAUCGUCGCUUUCUCUGUCCGAAUCGCUCUCGCUGCUGGUGGCCAUGAUUGUAAACAAUGUGAGGACGUGAGGAGCUCCACAACCCGUGACGUCACGCGCACAUCGUCUGCUACUUCCGGUACAGGCAAGGCUUUUUUAUUAGCGACCAAAAGUUGCCAACUUUAUCGUGGAUGUUCUCUACUAAAUCCUUUCAGCAAAAAUAUGGCGAAAUGAUGAAGUACGACACAUAGAAUGGACCUGCUAUCCCCGUUUAAAUAAUAACAUCUCAUUUCAGUAGGCCUUUAAUAAACUCCUUGUAUGCUUUUUUUUUAAUGACUUUAUCUCGCCAACAAGAAGGCAUUGAGCGUAGUUCUCUGAUUGGCGGAGGCGCCACAUGCCCACACGAGUGCACCGGGAUACGUUUUUGGCCGCGGUCACUUUUGGGACUCUCGCCCCCAGGCUGCGCCGCAGUUCCUGGGGAAGAAGGCCCGCCUGGUCUCUGGAGGCCCACAAUAGCAGAUGGCUGACGGAUGGACUUUUCUUUUGUUGUUGUUUUUGUUGCUCGCUCCCUAAAAAUGUUGCACAUGUCCAGCAGAGGGAGUUGAUGUUUAUGGCACAACGUGUGCUGGAAGGUGUGGAUCAUCUUUUUUAACAGGGUGGCAGAUAUCACGAGCCUCCGCACUUGUGUACGCGUCAUUUUUUUUUUGCAAUGUGAGGUCUACAAAAAUCUGUGUUAUGAAUAAAUGAUACAUUUGAACUGCGUCCCUAAGCUAAGAGGGGCAAAGUGCCAGCAGAAUAUUCAAAUGUUGGAGACGACGUAACAUUCUGUUGCGUACACUUUUUGCUUAAUACGCUUCAUCUCUCUCAGGUAUGUUUUUGAUUUACCAACAAUAAAAUGUGUAUUUAAGAGCA